CGGUCAUUACGGGUUGCACGGGUUGUUUAUUCUCGUGGCCCACCAGCUCACAAUUGGUUGUGCGAUAGUGAAGAUCCGCUGGCCACCACAUUUGUAUCCAGCCUGCGUCCGGAAGAAGAUCGCGUACGAGAAACCCACUGUGUUGUGUGUUGUGGAGCGUUUUGGAAGGGAGGUGGACAGUUACCGUGAACCUGAUCUUUCAUAUUUGCUGUUUGCCUUCAGUCGUCUUCGAUACAGCUGCAAGAGUGUUCAUCGUGACAUAAGUGUUUCCGUGAUCAUUGAUAUUUAGAAUUUGUAAAAAGUGAGAAAGCUUAACAAUGAAUUGCCGCAGCGCAGUGUUUGGAUUGCUUUUGGUGAUAGCUGUGGUUGCUGUACAUGCAGAAACUGGUUUUUACGUGCCCAAAGCGUACUACACGAUUGACGAACAUGGUUAUAAAUCCCCACUCAUCUACAUUGACAGUAUUCCGCAAAUAUUCCAGCGUGUUCGACGAUCCGCUCAACUUCCUUCAGUUCCCAACUUCGGUUUUCCGGUGAAUUUUCCUGCAUUCCAGUUUCCAAAUCCUGGACAGGGUGGCAAUUUCCAGUCGGUAUCAAUUACUAGCGGAAGCCCCAGUGGUUUGAAUAAUCGAUUCGAUGAAAAUGGACAAUCGGCAAAUGGUGGAACAACUAUUAACACAUUCUCGUCUCAGAAUGGACACGUUACUCACAUGACUCAUCAUAUCGACAAGGAUGGCAAAGUCACUACUCAAACCAACAAGAACAACAAUAACAACAACAAUAAUAACAACAACAACAAAAAGAAGAACUAAAAGCUGAUCGAUAACCACGAGUAUUUCUUCAACAAUAAACUCCCAAAUCAACACUUUUGCGUGCUGUAUCGAUUAUCGUUGUGAAACAAUACAAUAUCGCCAUGAGACCACUGUUCUUUUCAGCAAAACGACGACACGCGUUUGACUAGCAUAAAUAAAAUUACUGUGUUUGUGUGUGUACUUUGUACUAGUGCCUAUUAUGGUAGUAUUCGGCUGGAGUAUGUAUAGUAUUUAAAAACAAAAUAAAAGUAUGAAAAAAACUUCCUAGUUAUGGUUUCUUUUCUUCUAUUUAAACAAUAGUUAAAAAUUAUGUAAACGAAACGAAACACAGAAACUGG